AUGCAGACGCGACUGAACUGCCGCCUUAUACAGAACAGCGACUGCCGCCUUAUGCAGAACAGCGACUGCCGCUUUUAUACAGAACGGCGACUGCCGCCUUAUACAGAACAGCGACUGCCGCUUUAUACAGAACGGCGACUGCCGCCUUAUACAGAACAGCGACUGCCGCCUUAUGCAGAACAGCGACUGCCGCUUUAUACAGAACAGCGACUGCCCCCGCCUUAUACAGAACAGCGACUGCCGCCUUAUACAGAACAGCGACUGCCGCCUUAUACAGAACAGCGACUGCCGCCUUAUACAGAACGGCGACUGCCGCCUUAUACAGAACGGCGACUGCCGCCUUAUACAGAACAGCGACUGCCGCCUUAUACAGAACGGCGACUGCCGCCUUAUGCAGAACAGCGACUGCCGCUUUAUACAGAACAGCGACUGCCGCCUUAUACAGAACAGCGACUGCCGCCUUAUACAGAACAGCGACUGCCGCCUUAUACAGAACAGCGACUGCCACGCUAA